CGGGAGAUCGAGAGCUGCGUCACCACAGUACCUGACGCAGUAGGCGGGUGCGAAGAACGCCGGCGACGAGCUGAGCUGACGACGAGAUACGGCGGGCACCGCCGAUGUCACGCAGAAGAUUAUAUUCCCCGGGGGCUCGAUGGCAUCGCUCGUCACACCGGGCGUGUCUCUUAGCUCUUCCGUUACCGGUCGCCGUCACCUCCGGCCGGUUGACACCGCUGGCUUCUGCAGCACUGCAAGCACUCCAUUUCCACGGUGCUCGACAGCAUCUAUAAAUAUCGGCCUGGCAGGUCAGCUUGUUCGCACACGAGAAGGCCAGGGAGACGUCUUGCUUCUCCUUCGCUCGUCUACCUGCUUCCUAGUUGUUCCAUCAUCCAUGGCGCGCUUCGCCUCCGCUGUCCUCUUCGCCGCUGUCCUGCUCAUGGCUGGACGGCUGACCCAUGCGGGGCCGUCGACGGCCGAGGUGCUUUGGCGGCGCGCAGUCCUGCCGGGCUCCGCCGUGCCGAACGCCGUCCUCCGGCUCCUACGCCCCUGUCGGUUCUCCUCUCCCUUUGUUGAUUCUAUUUUCUAGGUACGAUUUUUUCAAGCACCAACGAAUGCAUAGUGCAGAUAGCCACUUCGUAAGCGAAGCCAAUGCCGAGGACACCGGGCGAUCCAACGCUCCGUUCAACUACCAAAACUACAAGCGCUCCUCUGCGACUGCGACCUCACCUCCAGGUGACCGCAGUGAAGCAGGGCUCGCUGGUGGCAGCGGCGCGAGAGAUGACACGCCGUUCAGCUACAGCUACAGGGCGCCGAGCCAACAAGGGGUACCGGCCAGCGGCGGCGCGAGAGACGACACGCCGUUCAGCUACAGUUACAGGGCGCCGAGCCAACAAGAGGUACCGGCCAGCGGCGGCGCGAGAGACGACACGCCGUUCAGCUACAGUUACAGGGCGCCGAGCCAACAAGAGGUACCGGCCAGCGGCGGCGCGAGAGACGACACGCCGUUCAGCUACAGCUACAGAGCGCCGAGCCAAGGGGUACCGGCCAGCGGCGUCUCGAGAGACGACACGACAUUCAGCUACGACGACUACAAGGCGCGGAGCCAAGCGGUCGCCGGCAGCGGCCCCAGAGACGAUCAGUUCAGCUACGAUUACUCCGCCUACGAAGCACCCAUCGAGCACCACCACUCGGAGGUCCGCGCGACGGCGCGAAGCGGCGGUGUGGGCACGCCAACGCCUCACACGGCGGUGUUCUUUCACGAGGAAGCGGUGCGCGUGGGCGAGCGCCUGCCGCUCCACUUCCAGGCCGCGGCGCCGGCCGCGCUGGGAUUCCUGCCGCGCCGCGCCGCCGACUCCAUCCCGUUCACGACGGCGGCGCUGCCGGCCGUCCUCGCGCUCUUCGGCGUCGCCCCAAGUUCGUCCAGGGCCGCCGCCAUGGCGGAGACGCUGCGCACCUGCGAGCGGCCGCCGCCCGCCGGGGAGGCCGGGGCCAGGUUCUGCGCCACGUCGCUGGAGGCCCUGGUGGAGCGCGCCGUGGCGGCGCUGGGAACGCGCGACAUCCGGGCGGUGACCUCUGCGCUUCCCCGCGCGGGGCUGCCGCCGCAGGCGUACGCCGUCCGCGCCGUGCGGCGCGUCGGCGGCGGCCCCAGCUUCGUGGCGUGCCACGACGAGGCGUACCCUUACACCGUGUACCGGUGCCACGACACGGGGCCCGCCAGGGCGUACCUGGUGGAGAUGGAGGGCGCCCGCGGCGGCGGCGCGAUCACCGUGGCCACCGUGUGCCACACCGACACGUCCCGGUGGAACCCGGAGCACGUCUCGUUCAAGCUCCUCGGCACCAAGCCCGGCGGCGCGCCCGUCUGCCACCUGAUGCCGUACGGGCAUAUCAUCUGGGCCAAGAACGUGAAACCCUCGCCGGCGUGAGGAGCGGAGCACCACACACCAUUAAUCCGCUGGAGAAGAACUAUUAUGUGUUAUGUUCAGGGCUUGGCUGUCUGAUCUGCUCUUGUUUGUGCUAUGCUGUGCUGUGCUAUGCUAGGUCACUAGAUCAGCGUCUGCAAUAAAAUGGACUGCUUUUGUGCAGUUCUGCUACAUGAAAAUACUCAAUUGUGAAGCCAUCAGAAUUCAGAUCAUAUAUGGUGUC